CUUUUAGAAAAAUAUAUCAUCUGAAAUUUCUCCCAUAUUUUAAUCAACGAAUUUAAAUUUAAAAAUAACACGAAAAUUUACAUAUACAAGAAGAAGAAAAAAAAAAAAUAAAAAAAAUAAAUCCUCAGUCCAUCUUCUCACUAGUCCACUGCUCUCUCUGCAACUCAGCUGUCUUAAAGUAGAAGAAAACGAAACUCUUUUCUUCAUUCAUGUCCGCUAUGCACACAGACACGCACGUAUAUCUGUGUAAAAUUACGAAUGAAUUUUCUAUUCUGACAGAAAAAAAAAAAGAAGUGUUCAUGAAACUUUGAUGGAAAAUCAAGCAAUGUUCACCACUUAUACUGCUUGACAGUUGACACCAUGUGAUUUCUGACAUAUUUCUUCUCUUUACCUUUUUAUUUUUUUUUCAAAAUUUUCAAAAUAUUUGGGAUUCGACGAACACUGCUGGAUCUACGAUUAGAAGAGAGGGAAAUAUCUGUCAUGAUUUUAGAUUUUUUUUUUUGUAAUUUUUUUUUUUCUGAAAUUGAUUUGGAGUAAUGGCCUUAUCAUCGUCUAGAAUAAGAAGCAGUUCGCCGUUUCAUCACCGGAGACUUUCGAGCCCUUUCUCCUCCACCUCGUCCUCGUCGUCGAUGAAGACCAGCCGAUUAAUGCCACGCUCGAACUCUACUUCCGGGGCAUCCGGUGGCGGCGGGUACGGGUCCAGAUCCAGCCGGACGCCGGUGAGUUACCCGGCGAUGGAUGACCAGUUAGCCGGCGAGCCCAUGGAUAGUGCUUCGAGAUCGGGGGAUAGCAUUUCAGUGACUAUUAGGUUUCGACCUUUAAAUGACAGGGAAUAUAACAGAGGAGAUGAGAUCGCCUGGUAUGCGGAUGGUGACAAAAUUGUGCGAAAUGAGUAUAAUCCGAUGACUUCCUAUGCAUUUGAUAAAGUGUUUGGGCAUAAUACAAAUACUCAAGAAGUGUAUGAAGUAGCUGCCCGACCUGUGGUGAAGGCUGCGAUGGAUGGUAUUAAUGGAACUGUAUUUGCUUAUGGAGUUACCAGCAGUGGAAAGACACAUACUAUGCAUGGAGAUCAAACUUCUCCUGGCAUCAUACCGUUGGCCAUAAAGGAUGUAUUCAGCAUAAUCCAAGAUACUCCAGGUCGUGAAUUCUUACUUCGGGUCUCAUAUCUCGAGAUCUACAAUGAGGUGAUUAAUGACUUGCUGGAUCCGGCUGCCCAGAAUUUGCGUGUUAGAGAGGACGCACAGGGAACUUAUGUUGAGGGUAUAAAGGAAGAAGUUGUUUUGUCACCUGGACAUGCUCUUUCAUUUAUUGCUGCAGGAGAAGAGCAUCGUCAUGUCGGAUCAAAUAACUUUAACCUCUUCAGUAGCCGUAGUCACACAAUAUUUACAUUGAUGAUUGAAAGUAGUGCACAUGGGGAUGAAUACGAUGGGGUUAUAUUCUCACAGUUGAAUCUGAUCGACUUAGCUGGAUCGGAAAGCUCAAAAACUGAAACGACUGGGUUAAGAAGAAAGGAAGGAUCCUACAUCAAUAAAAGUCUUCUUACACUUGGAACUGUGAUUGGGAAACUUAGUGAAGGGAAAGCAUCACAUGUUCCUUACCGUGACUCGAAGCUUACUCGCCUUUUGCAAUCUUCACUUAGUGGGCAUGGGCAUGUUUCGAUAAUUGAUGAAAAAUCAUUGAUAAAGAAGUAUCAACGAGAAAUAUCAUCACUGAAAGAAGAACUUGAUCAACUUAGACGGGGAAUGCUUGUUGGUGUCAAUCAUGAAGAAAUAAUGGUCUUGCGACAGAAGUUGGAAGAAGGGCAAGUCAAAAUGCAAUCAAGAUUGGAGGAGGAAGAAGAAGCUAAAUCAGCUUUAAUGAGCAGAAUUCAGAGGCUUACAAAAUUAAUACUCGUGUCAUCAAAAAACACAUUACCAGGAAGCUUAAAUGACAUGCCCUCUCACCAGAAGAGUCUUUCUGCUUCUGAGGAUGAUAAAUUGGAUGUUCUACGUGAUGGUUCUCUAAAACAUGAAGGCGAUAAUCAAAACGAUUCUUCUUCUGCUAUAACUAUUGCAUCAGAUGCUUAUCAUUUUGAGCAUAGAAGAUCAUACAACAAACAGAAUGAUGGUAUUUCCCAAGCUGGCAGUACUAUUACUGAAACAACUCAAGAUGAGGUUACUAUCUCAGAUCAUAUGGACCUCUUAGUUGAGCAAGUGAAGAUGCUUUCUGGUGAGAUUGCAUUUGGUACCAGCACACUAAAGCGCCUGCUAGAGCAGUCUGUGAAUGAUCCUGAAAGCUCAAAAUCUGAGGAGAUACAGAACUUGGAGCGUGAAAUCCAAGAAAAACGAAAGCAGAUGAGAGCUUUAGAACAGCGUAUGGUUGAGGGGGGUGAAGCUUCAGUUGCUAAUGCAUCUUUAGUGGAAUUGCAGCAGACAGUCAUGAAACUGAAAGCACAGUGCAGUGAGAAGGGCUUUGAGCUUGAGAUUAAAUCUGCGGAUAAUCGUGUGCUUCAAGAACAGCUUCAAAAUAAGUGUGCAGAAAAUAAGGAAUUGGAAGAGAAAAUUAACCGCCUGGAGCAACAACUAGCUUCUUGUAGUGACAACAAGUCAUCUCCUGAAAAUCAUGUAAAUGAUGGAUUUACUGAGGAAUUGCAAAAGAAGAUUCAGUCACAGGAACUCGAGAAUGAGAAGCUCAAACUGGAGCAUGUCCAGCUUGUCGAGGAAAAUAGUGGAUUACACGUACAGAAUCAGAAGCUCUCUGAGGAAGCUUCUUACGCCAAGGAAUUAGCAUCUGCAGCAGCCAUCGCGCUAAAGAAUUUAGCUGCUGAGGUCACCAAGCUUUCCUUUCAGAACACCAAAUUAGAAAAAGAAUUACAGGCUGCUCGCGAGUCGAGCUCUCGAUCUUCCAAGAGUGCUGACCGAAACCGUAAAAAUAACCGAAAUAGGCUUUCUGGCCGAGCAAAUGACCUCUCGAGUGACUUUGAGUCUGAUGACCUGAAAAUGGAGCUGCAAGCUAUGAAACAAAGGGAAGUUGUUCUAGAAGCUUCUUUAGCUGAGAAGGAGACUUUGGAGGAUGAGUACAAAAACAAGUUCGAGGAGUCGAAGAAAAGGGAGGCAGCCUUGGAGAAUGACCUGGCGAACAUGUGGGUGCUCGUUGCUCGGUUAAAGAAAGAAGUGACUGUUAUGCAGGAAUGUAGGGAUAAUGGUGAGGUGAAUGAAGAUGCUGACCUGGCGAGUGAUGUGAAGAUUGGUGACGUGGACUGCAUGGAUCCAGUUGUUGAAGUUUGUCCAAGUCGAGACAAUCUGGGUUCAGUACCUAUUGUUCCCAAAGAAGAACCUCUUGUUGUGCGCCUCAAAGCUCGAAUGCUGGAGAUGAAGGAGAAAGAAUAUAGAUACACUGGAAAUAUAGAUACAAAUUCUCACAUGUGUAAAGUGUGCUUUGAAUCACCUACAGCGGCAAUGCUUCUGCCAUGUCGACAUUUUAGCUUAUGUAAAACAUGUUCCCUUGCCUGCAUGGAGUGUCCAAUUUGCCGAACAAAGAUCGCAGAUCGGGUUUUUGCAUUUACUUGACUUUGCAUUUUAUAUGCACCCUUCUGAGAUAAGGUUACGAGAUUCCAAGCCUACAUAGCACAUUAUCGGCAACCAUGAAUGAUAUUAUCCGUUUAUUCAAUUAUACAAGUAUGAGAUGGGUAGACUACAGAUGGACUAUUUUAGUCAUAAAUAUCUUGCUUUCUGGUUGGGAAGCAUUAGGGGGUGAUUGUUUAUGGAUU